CUGUCCCCGCCGAAGCUCUGGACCUUUCCAAAGCCAGGCUGAGAGGGUGGGGAGAGCCCAUGCGCCUGGGAAGCCGGGCUGCUUCUGGGCGGGGCUGCAGACUCCUCGUGCUCGUGUCACCGUGUCCUUCCCGGGAGACAGAGAAGGAGGAGAGCCCGGGACCAGGGCCGGAGCGGCGGGCGGAGCCGAGCUGCGGGGAGCCGCUCCGGGUGCCCCCACCCCCGCGCGCCUCAGUGGUGCCGGCCGAGGGCAGGGCUCGCGGCUGCGGGGCUCGCGCCGCUGUCAGUGCGGCGGGGCGCGCGAGCGGCGCCAGCGCGGGGCAGCGGAAGCCAGGAAAGCUGAGGGGGCGGUAGCGGCGGUGGUGGCGACGGCGACGACGACUCCCGCGCCUGUGCCCAGCCUCCUCCCGCCGCAGCCGCCCUUUUCCUCCCUCCCUUACGUCCCCGAGUGCGGCAGUACCGCCUCCUUCCCAGCCGCGCGGCUUCCUCCAGACCUCUCGGCGCGGGUGAGCCCUAUUCCCAGAGGCAGGUGGUGCUGACCCUGUAACCCAAAGGAGGAAACAGCUGGCUAAGCUCAGCAUUGUUACUGGUGGGCACCAUGUCCUUGAAGAUGCAGGCAAGCAAUGUAACCAACAAGAAUGACCCCAAGUCCAUCAACUCUCGAGUCUUCAUUGGAAACCUCAACACAGCUCUGGUGAAGAAAUCAGAUGUGGAGACCAUCUUCUCUAAGUAUGGCCGUGUGGCCGGCUGUUCUGUGCACAAGGGCUAUGCCUUUGUUCAGUACUCCAAUGAGCGCCAUGCCCGGGCAGCUGUGCUGGGAGAGAAUGGGCGGGUGCUGGCCGGGCAGACCCUGGACAUCAACAUGGCUGGAGAGCCUAAGCCUGACAGACCCAAGGGGCUAAAGAGAGCAGCAUCUGCCAUAUACAGUGGCUACAUCUUUGACUAUGAUUACUACCGGGACGACUUCUACGACAGGCUCUUCGACUACCGGGGCCGUCUGUCGCCCGUGCCAGUGCCCAGGGCGGUCCCUGUGAAGCGACCCCGGGUCACAGUCCCUUUGGUCCGGCGUGUCAAAACUAACGUACCUGUCAAGCUCUUUGCCCGCUCCACAGCCAUCACCACCAGCUCAGCCAAGAUCAAGUUAAAGAGCAGUGAGCUGCAGGCCAUCAAGACGGAGCUGACACAGAUCAAGUCCAAUAUCGAUGCCCUGCUGACCCGCUUGGAGCAGAUCGCUGCGGAGCAAAAGGCCAAUCCAGAUGGCAAGAAGAAGGGUGAUGGAGGUGGCGCCAGCGGCGGUGGUGGUGGCGGCGGCGGCGGCAGUGGUGGUGGCGCUGGCGGCAGCCGGCCACCAGCCCCCCAAGAGAACACAACUUCUGAGGCAGGCCUGCCGCAGGGAGAAGCACGGACCCGAGACGACGGCGAUGAGGAGGGGCUGCUGACACACAGCGAGGAAGAGCUGGAACACAGCCAGGACACAGACGCCGAUGAUGGGGCCUUGCAGUAAGCAGCCUGACAGGAGCAAUGGCCACCAGCAGGUGAAGGGCAUCGCUGCCCCAGGCCUCAAGCUGGGCACCCAACCCUGGAUGCCACCCCCCAGCGGGUACCAGAGGAAAGCUGGCAGCAGGCGCCUCCUCCCCCAACGCAUCCCAGCCAGUGCCAUGUCCUCUGCAGGUGGAGUUACUGGCCUACUCCUUCCCCAUGAGCCCUCCCUGUCUGCACUGCCCAGGCCAGAGGGUAGAGCACAGGGGUUUCCCCACACUGCCUCCCCUCCCCAGGACACUCCCAGGCUUGGGUUUUUUCUAUAGGUUUGGCGGGGGGCCACAGGGAGGGGACCCUGACAAUAAAGAGAUUGGAUCCCAACCUGUUCUGA